AUGGCGUUUGGAUUGCUCCUCCCUCUGCGCAUCGCACAAUUUGUCUUUGCCAUUGUAAUCGUCGGUCUCUCAGCAUACGUUGCCCACUGGUACGAUGCCGACACCUUGACCGCAUCUCCUUCUCAGAUCAACUUCCUGAUCUUCCUCCCCCUAUUCUCAUUCCUCUCCAUCGCCUAUCUGGAAGUGACACCCCGCUUCGCUGCAAAGGCAUCACACCCAUACCUCCACCUCGCUUUUGAGGUUCUAAACGUCCUGUUCUACUUCGCCGGCUUUGUCGCUCUCGCAGUCUUCUUGGGCAAGCUCCUCUUCUGUCGAGGCUCCGUGUGCGCCGCAGCUCGCGCUGAUGCCGUCUUCGCGGCGUUCAGCUGGAUCCUCUGGACUGGAACUACCACCAUCCUCGCUUUGGAGAUCUUCAAGGGCGGAAUCAGCGGCAUGAAAACUGACAAGCAGGCCAAGAAUGCCAUGAAGGAGGUGCCAUCGACUUCUGCCUCUGGCCCUCGCGGUCCACCACAUCCGCAUCUCCGUCCCAUCCUCGCAACAACUUCAACACCCCAACACCCUCCCAGCAUCCACACACGCAACGCUCACCACCCUCUCGAAGGCCUACUCCGCUCCCUUACGCUCCGACAACACGUUCGACUUCCGCAAUUCUCCCCAUUGGGUCUUCUAAAGAACCCAAUGAUUCUCAUUGCAGGCUUCAGCAUGCUGAUCGUCUUCGGGAUGCCGUACAUCAUGGAUAACAUGGACCCGGAAUUGAAGGCCGAAUUUGAAGAGCGCCAGAAAGUCCAACCUAGUGCAGCAGCGAAUCCUUUGCAGAAUUUUGAUGCGGCGGCCUGGCUGGCGGGGUCAACUUCAAGUUCGUCGAAGAGGACUGAGGUGCCGAGUCAUGCGGAUAGAGGAAUUACACGAUGA